AUGAAGGCAACGGAGGAGGCUCCCCGGGACAAGGCUGAGGGUAAUGGACUCCAAGCGGCCGAAAGCAAAGAAACUGCAGCUGAUGAAGCCAAGGAAGAAAGCCAGGAGAAAAUAACUACGACGAUUGAGUCGAAAGUAACAACUGAAAUUGAGCUGAAGGAGGCCAAGGAGAACGAGCCGAAAGACGUUGAGGUUCUUGUAACGAAGGAAAUCAAAGAAACAACUGAGAUCAAAGAGUCAGGAACAGAUGUCGAGAUUCUUGUGACAAAAGAAUCAACUGAAACCAAACAAUCGGGAACAAAUGUUGAGGUAACAAAGGAGGUCACCCUAACAAAGGAGUCAACUGAAAUCAUUGAAUUGGGAACAAAGGAGGUAAAGCAACCUCUGUUGAAAAAAAGGCCAGCAGAAGAUGUUGAUGAUGCGCCAGAGGCGAAGAAGCCAAAAGAGCGUAAAUUGAAAUUUGAAUCGACAUAUCUACGAUCUAUACCCUCGGCUAGUCAAUAUGAGAAGUCUUUCAUGCAUCGCGAUAUCAUCACACAUGUCCUUGCUACCGAAACGGAUUUUAUCAUAACUGCUAGCAUCGAUGGUCAUCUGAAAUUUUGGAAGAAAAAGUAUGCAGAAGGUGUGGAGUUUGUAAAACAUUUCCGAUGUCAUUUAGCUUCUUUUUCUCACCUUUGUGUGAACUUCAACGGUACACUGCUUGCAACUGUCUGCCAGCAGGACAAACAC